AUGCCACCAAAAAAGCACAACAAAGGACGUCCGAAAAAGAAGAAUUCUGGAGAGACUAGUAAACCGAAGGAGGAAAUGACUCAACUGCAAAAGCAAGAAGCUCAAACUGCAGCUUAUGAGCAGAAAAAUAAGGAGUACGAAGCAGAAUUGGAGAAGGCUCGAAAGGAGCUUGAGACGGCGGAACGAGUUUUUGGAGAAAUGGAUGUAGCCGCCAAUCUUAUAAUCAACCACUGUGGAAAUAUGGCUGAAAGUGAUCCAUUGUACGAUGUGACGAUGAAGAAAAAAGAUAAAGCGAAACGUGAAGCGAGAAUUGCGGAAGCGAUAAAGUUGGAUAAGGAAAGGAAUGUGGCGAAGUGGGAGAUGAUGGUGAAGCAUUUUAAUAAGAAGCUCAACGUGGCCACUGGUGCCAGUUCCACCGACGACCACGAGUAG